AUUAUUACUUCCAUUUCAUUUCACCUAGCUCCGCAGCCACGCUACUCCUUCAUCAACUUCCAUUAUCUCUGAUUCAGCUUUGAAACUUCGAUUAUUGAUUUUCGUUUCUGAACCAAAAAACCGAAACCCUAGGGUUUUGUAUUUGAAUGGAAGGUUUCUGAGUGGUUGGAAAACACAAAACGCAGAAAAAAUGAGUGCAGAGAGGUCGUUUGAGCCAUGGGAAGAAGUGCAACGUCACGGUCAGGAUUUAGCUGACCGACUUGCCCAGGGUUUCACCGAUUUGAUCCACACACACAUCACUCCACCUCAAUUCGUUUGGCCUAAUCCUCCUAAAUCCAAGCUUUUCGAUUUGGAGUUUUCGACACAGAGUUUCGGGAAGAGGGAUUUUGGUUUGCCGGUUGAUGAUUAUGGUGUUUCCGCGAUUUUUGACAUCGGUAAUCGGAUCGGUCAGGCUGGGAUGGAUUUUGGUGCGAGUUUGAAUGGAAUAGUUCAGCAGUUUUUCAGGUCGUUGCCGUUGCCGGGGCCGUUUAAGCAUGAGGAGGAUACGGUUAGGGUUGGUGGUGGUGGGGGUGAAGGUAGACAGAGGAGGGGUUUAGUUGGGGUUUCUGUGAAUGAGGAUUUGGGUUUGGGGUCACUUACUGAGAGGUUGAGGAAUCAUGGAUUUUCUGAAAGUGUUAGUGGAAGUGUUGAUGAGGAGAUUGGUGGGUUUAAUCUUGGUUCUGCUGGUCAUUUGGGUAGGAGGCAGGGAAUCAUAAAUUUUACAUCAACUUAUGAUAGUAGAACUCAAGAAGUGGAGGGUUCUGUAGCUGCGAGGGGGGAUUUGUGGAGAGUAGAGGCAUCACGCGGUGGUUCUACAUCUGGAAGUGAAAAUUCUUCUCUUUUCCUGGUCCAGCUUGGACCUCUCCUCUUUAUCCGUGAUUCAACUCUCCUUUUGCCUGUUCAUUUGUCGAAGCAGCAUUUGUUAUGGUAUGGCUACGACAGGAAGAAUGGAAUGCAUUCUCUUUGUCCAGCAGUGUGGUCAAAACACAGAAGGUGGCUGUUGAUGUCCAUGAUUUGCUUGAAUCCCGUAGCUUGUUCAUUCGUGGAUCUUCAAUUUCCUAAUGGGCAACUAACUUAUGUAUCCGGUGAGGGUCUAACUACAAGUGCUUUCCUUCCUGUUUGUGGAGGUCUUCUUCAAGCUCAGGGUCAAUAUCCCGGUGAAAUGAGAUUCAGCUAUUCCUGCAAGAACAAAUGGGGAACGAGAAUCACACCAGUGAUACAAUGGCCUGAUAAAUCUUUUUCCCUUGGUCUUUGUCAAGCCUUGGCCUCGAAGAGAUCUGGUCUCAUUGUGAGGCCAACCGUUCAAUUCAGUGUGUGCCCUACAUUUGGUGGAAGCAACCCAGGGGUGCGGACUGAACUCAUUCAUUCGGUCAAAGAGCAACUUAGUCUAAUUGGUGGAUGUGCUUUAACAACAUAUCCUUCCGCGUUUGCAUCAGUAUCUAUUGGCAGAUCAAAAUGGAAUGGAAAUGUCGGGAACUCAGGUCUUGUUCUAAGAGUUGAUACUCCCCUAUGCAGUGUUGGUCGUCCUUCUUUCUCUGUUCAGAUAAAUAGUGGCAUUGAAUUUUGAUGAUACCGUUCAAAUUUAUGGUACCACCUUUUCUAUAUUUUUUGCAUGAGAAGUGUACAUAGGUUUGGUUUAGUUCAUCCACAACAUUACACUCCUGACUUCAAAGCUUGCAGUGGUACUUUCUGUAAAUAGAAAAUCUAGUCAGAUUGGUACAUAUUUAUGGUUUGGCUCAAUUCAUCAUAUCUAUUAUCUUGGA